UCGAAAAGAGGACGUGCGCGCUCACCGCUGUCAUUAAUAAAAAAAAAAAACGUCUCAUCGAUUAACUCAUCUUGUUUAAGUCGGCUAAAAUGGUUAACGUGAAAAUAUCGAUAUUAGUGCUUUUUGUUACAUUGAUCUUCGAACCAUGCUGCAGCAGAUCAGCCAUGGACGUAGAGCAGUCGGUGGUGAGCGUCUACACAACGCAGCCUUCAGCGCCAGGAGCGCCUCUUGACGUCUACCAUCAGCUGGCCAACAACAUCGCUGAGAGGAUCACUUCUCCGAUAUACAGGUUUCUCGGCAUCGGCAACCGCACCCAAGAGAAGACAACCCAAAAACCCUGGGACAACAUCGAAAUACUAGACGAACCAAUGAAAUCUGUUCUGAAACCGCUUGACAACAGCAUCACGACUGAGAGAGAUGUAGAAGAAUUAUCAGCUGAUGCUUUAAAGAAAAUCGACAGGAAACCAGAGAAGAUAUCGCUCCUGCCGACCUACUUACCGGUUCCGGAAAAGCUCAAUGAUACGGACAUCGACGAGCUGGACGAUGAUGAUUUAUUCCAGUUUGAGGACGACGAUGAAGUCUCCAAACCAAGAGAGGGCCCUUUCAUAUACAUACUAGAGUUGGCAGGCAGCAUUAUACAAUUACUUUGGGGUGGCUUCUUGAGCUUGUUCAGGCCAUCAACUAAGUCUAGUUAGGUUAUUAAGUUUGGACCGUUGCGUGUGCAGUAUUAACUUUGUUUUUUGAGUAGCGUAAACUAGCAGACGUGUUCACGGGCCAUCGGGUGAUAAAUGGUUACCGUCUGAACACAACGAGACACUAGGACAUAGUAUCGAUUGAAUUGCAUUUGUGGUCCAAACUGAAACCAUCCAGACGGUAUCCCGGACGAUGUGUCUGGACGUCAGUUAAAAUUGUGGUGCUGAUAAACACGUAUAACCGUCUGCAAAUAUAGUAUAGCAAAGUAAAUUAUAAAGAUUUUUAUGGGUGCUAGUUCAAGGUAGCUGUUUUUAUAUUCAGUAGUGCCACGGGAGCUAGUCAUUACUCCACAUCAGGCGGGUGCCGGUCCGCUUCCCCCAUCCAUACAAGAAAGUUCAUAGUCAUUUACUAGUGGUAGGAUCUCUCGUGACUCCGCACGGGUAGGUACCACCACCCUGCCUAUUUCUGCCGUGAAGCAGU